AUGGUGGGCUCAUCUGGCUCAUGUGAAAACUGCAAACAGGACUUGGAAGUUUAUUGCCCCGAAAUGAUUUGGAUCUUAAAAACCUUCGGUGGAUAUUCUGAAAACAUAGUCAUAGAUGAGCAUUUUGCAGUGUUAAUUCCAAAUAGUUUGCCUUUACAUGGUGCUGCUCCACUUUUGUGUGCUGGGAUUACUGUGUAUAGUCCCAUGAUGUACUAUGGACUCUGUAAGCCUCGUCAACAUUUGGGUGUGGUUGGGCUUGGUGGAUUGGGUCGUGUGGCUGUGAAGUUUGCCAAAGCUCUAGGAAUGAAGGUCACAGUUGCCAUGGGCACAAUGGACGGAAUCAUCAACACAGUUUCAGGCCCUCACACUCUACUUCCAUUGAUUAAUUUGUUGAAGACAAAUGGAAAAUUGAUUGCAGUUGGUGCUUCAAUGGAGGCUCUUGAAAUACCAUAUAUUCCUUUAAUGAUGGGUAUUGAAGUUAUUCCUAUGAAUUAUGUGAACACUGCUAUGGAAAGACUUGCCAAGGGUGACGUUAAAUAUCACUUUGUCAUUGAUGUUGCAAACACCUUAUAUUCUUCAUUUUGA